ACCGGUGGCCAGAAUUAACGGUCGAGGCGGAGGUGGGGCAAACUGAACAGGAAACUCCCCGCUCUUGCUUCCUCCUGCUCCAUCUCGAGUUCCUCGACUCCACUACUCACUGAGUCUCGACUCGGCCAUGAUCACCUGCAAACCAUCCCACCCCAACCUCGAACCCCUCUUCAGAAGAACCUGCCCGUCUUCGCGCCCCCGCCCGGCUCUCCGCAGCCAAUGCGCCGUCGUCUGGUCGCCUUCGCGGCGGCACAACGCUGCCGGAGCUUGCAUCGCGAGGAGCUCCAGUGGUGGCGGCGGCGGCGGGAAGAAAGAAGGCGGUGUUGAUGGCAGCGGUGGGCGUCGCGAGAGCAGAGAGAGGGAGGCAGUGGAAGGAGGAGGAGGAGGAGAGAGGAAGGUGCAUUGCGAGGUGGAGGUGAUAUCGUGGAGAGAGAGGAGGAUCAAGGGCGACAUCUCGGUGAGGGCCGACGUGGAAUCGGUCUGGAACGCUCUCACCGACUACGAGCGCCUCGCCGACUUCGUCCCCAAUCUAGUCUGCAGUGGGAGAAUCCCCUGCCCGCAUCCUGGGCGGAUAUGGCUGGAGCAGAGAGGCCUGCAGAGGGCAUUGUAUUGGCAUAUUGAAGCUCAUGUCGUCUUGGACCUUCAGGAGUUUGCCAAUUCAUUCUUCAUGAUUAAGUAGAUCAAGAAAAGAAGAUAUCUAUGAAUCAAGCUGAAAACCUGAUACGACAAGUGCUACACAGAUGAAGAUUCAACAUCAAGCCAGUUGAGAUAAGAUGCUUCCUCUUUCUACCUUGUCGACGUUGUCGUAUGUGUGCAUCUGCCAAGAAAGCCUUCACACAUAUACGCAUUUUUUACCCCUGAAUGUUCUGUGGAGCUCACAUAGAACAUGUUAUUAUUAAAGGGCAGUGGCAAAGGGAUUGGUUUGUUUUAUCUCAUUGAACUUCCUUUAUGUAUGUUGAACUUUAAAUAAGCCGGCAGGCAUUUUAACUUCAUCACUGUCUAAUUUGUUUGUUUUAUUAUAUAACAUAUGCCUCAGGCUCCAAUGCAGGACUUACAUGAAAUUAUAUCAGAAUAUAUACCUCCUAAUCAAAUGAACGAUCGGAUAUAUUUUGAAGACAUUAACAUAAGUUCUCUUCUAUGCAAGAAUUAGUCCAGAACACAUGGAAAUCAACUUAAUGUUUGCAUUCUUACUUUGGUAUUGCUUUUCUUUUUUAACUUUCAUGAUAAUAGUAAUAGAGGAUUCAGUCUCUCUUUUUAGCUUCCGUUAAAUUUUCUGAGCAAGUAAGAAACUGAAACAUGCGUGCGUAGUUGUUGGACUCAAUUUUCUGUGUUGCAUUGAUGUCACAUUUGCAAUACAUAGGUGGAGCUUCAUCAAUUACUGAACUAUAAAUUCGAAACAACCUCAUGGCGCAGGAUAAUGAGCGGAACUUCACUUUUCCAUGGUUGAUGGAGACUUUAAGAAGUUUGAAGGCAAAUGGUCUUUAAAAUCAGGGCCUAGAUCAUCGACAACUUUGUCAUAUGAGGUAAAUGUGAUACCACGUUUCAACUUCCCAGCUAUUUUCCUAGAAAGGAUCAUCAGGUCAGAUCUCCCAGUAAAUCUUCAAGCCUUGGCAUUCAGAGCUGAAAGAAAUUUUGAGGGAAAUCAGAAGUUGGCAUCAACCACGAGGUUUAGGGACAGAGCAAUCAAUGGUGCCGUUACUUCCAUUGGCCCUGACCUGGACGAUAAGGUGCAGCCUAGAGAGAUCACCAGUGCUAAUGCUGGUCAACUGCCUGCGUCAUCAAGUAAUUGGGGCGUGUUUGGCAAAGUUUGCAAACUCGAUCGGCCUUGUGUGGUGGAUGAAGUUCAUCUCCGUAGACUUGAUGGCUUAUUGGAAAAUGGAGGUGUCCACCGAUGUGUCAUUGCUAGCAUAACAGUAAAAGCUCCUGUUCGUGAAGUCUGGAAUAUCUUGACUGCUUAUGAAAGCCUUCCUGAGUUAGUUCCAAAUUUGGCCAUCAGCAAGAUUUUAUCACGAGAAAACAACAAAGUUCGCAUUCUUCAGGAAGGAUGCAAAGGUCUGCUGUAUAUGGUGCUCCACGCCCGAGUUGUUCUUGAUUUGUGUGAACAUCUGGAACGAGAGAUUAGUUUUCAGCAGGUCGAAGGGGACUUCAACUCCUUUCAGGGAAAAUGGAUUUUUGAGCAACUAGGAAAUCAACAUACGUUACUGAAGUAUACUGUAGAGUCAAAAAUGCACAAGGAUUCAUUUCUUUCUGAAGCUAUUAUGGAAGAGGUUAUUUAUGAAGAUCUCCCUUCAAACCUAUGCGCAAUUCGGGAUUACAUUGAGAACAGGGACACAACAGCAGCUGACUCAGAAACAAUCAGUGAAAGUGGUCUCUCCAGUGAGCAAACUGCUUCACCUAGCAUGGAUGAAAGCACUUGUGUCAGUGCUACAACUGAGGACAUCUCCAACUAUGAUGAUGACUUAUCAUCACAAAGACCGAGAGUUCCGGGCCUGCAGAGAGACAUUGAAGUCCUGAAAGCUGAACUCGUGAAAUUCAUUUCAGAGCAUGGGCAAGAAGGAUUUAUGCCUAUGAGGAAGCAACUCCGUUUGCAUGGUAGGGUCGAUAUUGAGAAAGCAAUCACACGCAUGGGUGGAUUCAGAAGAAUUGCAUCGUUGAUGGAUCUUUCCCUCGCUUACAAACGUCGCAAACCGAAGGGGUACUGGGACAACCUUGAAAACUUGGAAGAAGAGAUACGUCGAUUCCAGAGAAGCUGGGGAAUGGAUCUCUCAUACAUGCCUAGUAGAAAAUCUUUUGAGCGUGCAGGGAGAUACGACAUUGCGCGCGCUCUAGAAAAAUGGGGAGGCCUUCAUGAAGUAUCUCGUCUUUUGUCCCUGAAAGUCAGGCACCCAAAUAGACAACCGGGACUUGCCAAGGACAAGAGAGCAGAUCCUGUAGCAGCUACUGAUGUAGAGGUCGAGGAUAGGUCGACAUCUAAACCCUACAUAUCGCAAGAUACUCAGAAGUGGCUUUCUCAACUUAAACAUUUGGACAUCAACUGGGUUGAAUGAUGAGUGAUUUGGGGCGGUGAUAUCCUUCCUUCUCCCCGCCACACCCCCAGAAAAAGGAAAAAAAAAAGUUCUUGAAGCUGUGGCAAGUUGCCCUAUGGUGUUUCGAUUUUUGUGGUUCAUCUUUCAACUUCUUGAAAUCGAUUGCACUGUGCCCCCGUCCUUGGCUCUGGCCAGAAGUUCGCCAGAGUUGCGACCACAUGAGUACAUGAGACUAGUUAUGGAUGACAUGAUUGUGACAAGUUAUAUACGAAAAAAAUAUACUACAAAGUGAUUAUAUUCUCAUGUACUUUUGGCAGUGAACUUGUUUAGAUUCCUAUGUCUUUCUUCAUACUUCUUCGCACUAGCUCUCUCUUGUUGUAAUUAAUCCGCUUUUACCUUGUCCUUUUUCAUCGCUUAGCGCGAGAAUGGUUUUGGACAGCCCCAUAUUUUCUCUUAUCA